CAUUCACCAUGCCCCAGCGCUCUUCGUUACUUCCCAUUCUCCACCAUGGCUCCUGCUGCGAAGAAGCCUGCAGGGCAGGUCGUCCAGGCUGAAGUAGCUCUCCAGCAAUCUCUAAAAAAUUGUCUUGUCAAUCUACCCUCUUCCUUGGUUUCCAUUCUCGUCAAUGCAAAUGCGAUCGCCCAAAAUGUCGUUGUCGAGCUCUCAUAUCGCCAGCCUCCCCCGCCCAGCGCCUCGGACUCCAGGAGUACUUCUCCCCAGAGAUCCGUGUUCGUAGGCUGGACGGGCAUGCAAAGCAAGCGCAAGCUUGCGCCAGUAGUAGGACGAGAAGGAUUAAGCGGCAGUAGAGGCGGCCCCGCCGCAAGAGAGCAGGAUAUACAAGCAGUAGAAGUGGAUGCGACAUUCGCUCGACUAAUAGGUCUUAUCGAGGGACAGAAGGUUGGGAUACUGCUGCAUCUAGACCCUCCGCAGGCCCACACCAUCAACAUUGAGCCCCUGACACCAGUGGACUGGGAGAUGAUCGAGUUACACGCUCAAUUUCUAGAGCUCAACUUUCUCUCGCAAAUACGCGCACUCCCAAAUCCCCAAGUCCAGUCCCCGCAUCCAUUAACUCUCCAUCUGUCUCCGACCACGACGGCGAACAUCAACGUGACCUCGGUGGCUCCUGCCCCGCCUACUAGCUCACCGUUCGUAAAAAUAUCUCCGGAUGCGGAAGUUAUUGUUGCCCCCAAGACUCGACAAAAGAGUGAACGCAGUUCAGCACGUGAAAGUCGAAGUGUUGGUGGUGCCUCUAGGAAGAGUGGGAAGAGUACAGCGAGUACCGUGAGGCGGCGCAGCGGGCGAGAUGAGAAUCCUAGUCGUGGUGCUGUGUUCCUGCGGGGCGUUGACAAGAGCGUAGCCCUAGAUUGGUUUGAUGAAGAAGACCAUGCUGACACGGAUGGCCUCAAAGUGUGGGUGGACAAAGAUGUUCUUUUAACGAAAGCUCUCAGGGGAGUCACAUGGGUAUCCGUGGCAAUCAUAAAACCAGCAGGACUGCAAGAGCCGAUAGACAUGUCCAAAGAACAAGAGCAAGAGAAAUCAGCCGUUCGAAUCAUCGCGAAGCUCGGAACAUGGGAAGAUGCCCCUGAUAGCCGGCAUGCUGCAUUGUCCACGGAUUUGUGUAGAGUCUUGGGAUUUGAAGGCUUUGUUGGGGGUCUUGUUCGAAUCGAAGGAGCACCCAGUCAAACACCAAAGCCAUCAUCCCUGGCUAAAUCGCAGGACUCGAAAGAGUCGAAAGAGCAACAUAUAAAGACCAUCAAAAUCUUCCCAUUCUCUGCCGGCGUGCAAGCAAACGCUACCCUUAAAUUCGGCGGCGAAUCCAAACAAGAGCAUGAAGAUGCAAUCCAAAGAAUUAAGGCCAUGUAUGGGAAACGGAAUGGACUCCUGGAUGGACCAGUCACAGAUGGCAUGGUUCUGGUUCCACCAAAGGAUCCUGUUCCUGGCUGGCAAGGAGGCAUACUAAGAUUCGACCCUCCUCAGUCUCAACCGGGAGUCUCUUGGGUAUUAUUUCCAGAAAGAAAACCCUCUGUAGAGCUAGCUGCGGAAAUAUCGAAGCCGUCAGCUUUGCUCAAACCCUGGCAGCAAGGAGAACCCUUGCCAGCUACGCCUCCGAAGAUGGUUGGAAUCGACGCUCUCGUAGUUCAGCUACGAUCUCAUCUUACGCACCAGUCAUCUGUCCUUCUGACUGGUGGUCUCGGGGCUGGAAAGACAACGUGCGCGCAGCUUCUAGCUCACCAAUUGCGCACAGAAUUCUUAUUCAACGCGAUCUACUUCCCCUGCCGUAAACUUGUGACCGACGAGACACGAGUAGCAACUAUCAAGGAGACGCUUAAUAGGAUCUUCGCGUCGGCAUCCUGGGGUGCACGGUACGGCGGAAAUGCCGUCGUCAUUCUUGAUGACCUCGACAGACUCUGCCCAGUAGAAACAGAACUGCAGGUUGGUGGUGAGAAUGGACGAAGCCGUCACAUCAGUGAAAGCAUUAUUUCGAUUGUUAGACAGUAUUGCUCCAUGGAUUCUGGUGUGGUACUUCUAGCUACUGCCCAAAGCAAGGAGGCUCUGAACAACGUCAUCAUUGGGGGACAUGUGGUUCGUGAGAUCACCAGCCUGAAAGCUCCAAAUAAGGAAGGAAGAAGAAGGGUGCUGGAAAUGCUAGCUCACCAAGAUGAAAAAUCUCAAAGAUCGGAAGAGAAGCUCAACGGCGUUGUCUCGUCUGGUCACGCUUUCCCUCCAUCGCCAUCAAAUAGCCGGCCAAGCACCUCUGGCCAUCAAAGCCGACCAAGCUCUUCGAGUAUCCAGCACAAUUCUCAAGUCGAAGAGGACGGAUUCGUGGUCGAUCCCGCCAUCGACUUCCUCGAUCUCGCUGGUCAAACUGACGGCUACAUGCCUGGCGACCUUGUACUCCUCACAUCGCGAGCCCGCAGCGAAUCCCUAAUCCGGUCUGUCAGCGCUUCCUCUGCUUCCACAUCCAUCUUUAUCACCAGAGAAGACUACACACAGGCCCUCUCCGGCUUCACACCAGCAUCCCUCCGCAACGUAACCUUACAGUCGUCCACAACACGCUGGGAUUCCAUCGGAGGCCUCCACGCUACGCGCCAAACCCUCCUCGAAACCCUCCAAUACCCAACGACAUACGCCCCCAUCUUCGCCCAAUGCCCUCUACGUCUUCGAUCUGGACUGCUUUUAUACGGAUAUCCUGGGUGCGGCAAAACACUCCUUGCCUCUGCUGUCGCAGGGGAAUGCGGGCUCAACUUCAUAUCUGUCAAAGGACCCGAAAUCCUUAAUAAAUACAUCGGUGCGUCGGAAAAAUCCGUCCGUGACCUCUUCGAGCGAGCUGAGGCCGCCCGUCCUUGUGUCCUCUUCUUCGACGAAUUCGACAGCAUUGCGCCGAAGCGUGGACACGAUAGCACGGGUGUAACGGACCGCGUUGUGAAUCAGCUGCUUACGCAGAUGGAUGGUGCAGAGGGGUUGUCUGGCGUGUACGUCCUUGCGGCGACAAGCAGACCGGAUCUGAUCGAUCCGGCGUUGCUAAGGCCGGGCCGGUUGGAUAAGAGUUUGAUAUGCGAUCUACCGGGCCUAGAGGAGAGAGUCGACAUUCUCGCGGCAGUAACAAGGAAAUUGCAUCUCGCACCCAGCGUCCUCAGCACAGGACCCUACGGCGAGAAUCUUCGAGAAAUCGCAAUGAGAACCGAGGGGUAUUCAGGUGCGGAUCUGCAGGCUGUCGUGUACAAUGCACAACUCGAGGCCAUCCAUGAUGUCCUGGGUGACUCUGAACUCGGCGAUCCUACAAGAUCCGGCACGAAGAAACCUGCACCUCCAACAGGCGAGAAAAGGGCUGGGAAGGAAAAAGGGGUACCGGAAUUUACGCACUUCCGCUUUGGAGACGAUACAGCGACGGAAGAAACAGAGGCCAGGAAAGCUCUGCCUUCUUCCGUGCUCACUGAACGCGCGAUUAUUGCGAGCAAGAUCGCGGCAUUGCAAGCUAUCCGCCGGAAACAGAAACAGCUGCAACAUCACCGCACUGGCCUGGAUGCGCAGGAUGUUGGGGAGCAGAAGGAUGAAAUGGGGAGGUCGGAACCGGAGAUUCAGUGGAAGCAUAUUAAGAGCUCGUUGGCGACGACGAGGAGUAGUAUUAGUGCGCAGGAGAGGAGGAGGCUGGAGGGUAUUUAUAGAGAGUUUGUGGUUGGUAGGAAUGGGGAUAUGCCGAAUGGGCAAGGAGGGACGGAGAUUGGUGGACGGUCGAGUUUAAUGUAGAUGU